GUGGGUGGAGCGAUUGAGGGAAAGCCUGGAGCCUGCGCUGGCGGUGGACACCGCACAGCAAGAAGAGUUGGACGCCGGCUACGCGGCUGCCCUUCAAGUGGCAGAGGGAGAUGCGGUCGCCGCGGCAGAGCGAAGUAAGAACUUCACCUUCUUGCCCGCCAAUCCGCAGUACGGACAGCGCCGCCGGACCUUUGAUGAAAGUUCCUUCCAGGCGGCGAAUGCUGUGGAGAUCAAGCGUGGCGAGCCCUUCACGGAUCGGAAGUCCACCUUCCAGGCCUUUGCGGCGAAGGUCUCCCACCAAGGCCAAGUGAAUUGGGUCUUGAGAAGCUUGUUGGAGGAUCGGAAGAUCGCUGUCGCGACGCACAACAUCUUCGCGUACAGGUUUCGUGACGAAGUCCGUGGGAUCCAGGUGGCCGACAAUGAGGACGAUGGCGAGGAUGGUGCCGGCUCCAAGCUGGCAGAGCUCUUGCAGCUCUCCGACUCAGAGGAUGUCUUGGUGAUGGUGAGCCGCUGGUAUGGAGGCAUCCACUUAGGCUCCGACCGCUUCAAACACAUCUGCCGCGCCGCGGCGGCGCUGUUGGACGAGGCUGGCUGGACCGGGCGCAGCCAAGGC